GCAUUCAUGUCAAAAUAACAUGCAUUUUAAUAGAAACAUAUUUAUUUCUAUAAGCUUUUAUUCGACAAUAGGUGAAUGUCUGCAGUAAACUCAUUGGAGUUUUCACUGUUUUAAUGUCUAUGGGUUUUCAGCGUUGCAUCCAACGUUUAGCCUACAGUGAAAGCGUUUUAGUGCCAUAAAAUAAUAUUAGAAAAAACGUAUGAUUGCAGUGACACUUUCGCCUCCGUUCACAAGGAAAAAGUUCAUCGCAUGUUCAUACACAUCCUUGCAUCUAAUCUGUUUACAAGCGCAGUGUUACAGGCAAGGAAGUUUUGCGGGCACUUUUUGUGUUUUGGAAGUUCCAGUCACUCCCUAAAUCGCCUGUCAACAAUGGGAUGCUGUGGCAGUUCAGAGCAAAAGCAGCGCGAGUGGAAACCAUUGGAGGAUCGAAGCUGCACGGAUAUUCCAUGGCUCAUCAUAUUCGCAUUGUUCUGUAUCGGAAUGGCCUGUAUCGCUGGUUUCUCCAUCUCCACGGGAGCUGCAUCCAGGCUCAUCUCUGGCUACGACAGCUACGGUAACACCUGCGGUCAGAAGAACGGGAAGAUCGAGGGGGUCGAACUCAGUGGCCGGGAUCAGACCGACAACAAGUAUGUCUUCUUCCUGGACCCCUGCAACAUUGACAUCCUGAACAGGAAGAUCAAGUCCAUGGCCCUCUGUGUGUCCAGGUGUCCAGACAGAGAGCUCAAGACGUACACUGACGUCAAAAGGUUUGCACUGCAAAAUGGAUCGGAGCUCUGCUCAUACGACAUUCCAGUCUCCAGGUAUCCAAGCCACGGAGAGAGAUCCAAAAAGUGCCCCAAACUCCCCGUGCCACCAAGUAAGUCUCUCCCGGUGUUCCACCGCUGCACCCCCGUGGACGUCUCCUGCUAUGCCCAGUUCGCUGAGGCCUUCGUCACCUUCGUCAGUGACAACAGCAUGCUGCACAGGGUCAUCGCCGGGGUGAUGGCCAGCAAGGAGAUUAUCAUGGGCCUCUGUGUGCUGGCUCUAGUCCUCUCCAUAAUCCUGAUGGUGGUGAUUCGCUACAUCUCUGUCGUGCUGGUCUGGAUGCUCACAGCCCUCGUGGUUCUGGGCUCUUUAGGCGGGACCGGGGUUCUGUGGUGGCUCUACGUGGACCACAGGAUGAAUCUGACUGACCAGACUGGUACCACCCCAACACCCCAACAGCAGUUGGCCACAGGCAACGUCCAGGCUCUGCUGGUCUACGCUGUCAUUGCCACCGUCUUCACGGUGAUCCUGCUGCUGCUGCUGUUCUUCAUGAGGAAGCGCGUGGCCCUGACCAUCACCCUGUUCCACGUAGCGGGCAAGGUGUUCACUCACCUGCCCCUGCUGGCCCUGCAGCCCUUCUGGACCUUCCUCAGCCUCAUGCUCUUCUGGGUCUCCUGGCUCGGUGUGUUCCUCUUCCUCGGAACCACAGGUAGCCCAGUGCAGAGUGAGGAGACAGGGCUGGUGGAGUUUCGUAUGUCAGGUCCACUCCAGUACAUGGUGUGGUACCACGCUGUGGGCCUCAUCUGGAUCAGUCAGUUCAUCCUGGCCUGCCAGCAGAUGACCGUGGCCGGAGCUGUGGUCACCUACUACUUCACAAGGAAUAAAUCUCAACUGCCCAUGACCCCCAUCGUGUCGUCUAUGCUGCGUCUGACCCGCUACCAUCUGGGCACCGUGGCCAAAGGCUCCUUCAUCAUCACCCUGGUGGAGAUCCCUCGCCUCAUCCUCACCUACAUCCACAACCAGCUGAAAGGAAAAGAAAAUGCCUGUGCUCGCUGUAUGCUGAAAGCCUGCAUCUGCUGCUUGUGGUGCCUGAAGAAGUGUCUAACAUACCUGAAUCAAAACGCGUACACGGCCACAGCGAUCAACAGCACCAGUUUCUGUACGUCGGCGUGCGAUGCCUUUGUCAUCCUGGUAGAGAAUGCCCUCAGAGUGGCCACCAUCAACACCGUGGGGGACUUUGUCCUCUUCCUGGGAAAGGUACUGAUCGUCUCCUGCACAGCGUUCGUCGGUGUACUGUCGCUCAACUACCAGCGGGACUACACGGUGUGGGUGCUGCCCCUGCUCAUCGUCUGCCUGUUCUCUUGGCUGGUGGCCCACUGCUUCCUGUCUGUCUUUGAGAUUGUGGUGGACGUGCUCUUCCUCUGCUUUGCCGUGGACACCAAGCACAACGACGGCAGCCCAGGCCGAGAGUUCUACAUGGACAAAGCCCUCAUGGAGUUUGUAGAGAACAGUAAAAAAAUGGCGGGAAGGGACCGGGCCGAGGCAGGUGGAGACGGUCGUGAGAUGAAGCCCAUGACUCAUGGAGGAGGGACUUUUGCUUGACCAAACCAAACCAGGAGACGGAAACCAAAAGGCAUUCUAAACGUUUCCAGGAUAUCACUCCAGUCCCAGAGACGACAAUAUUUUUGAUAACCUGUUUAUUAAUGGCACACUAUACAUGAAAGCUUAGCUUUUUUUUUAAAAGCACAAUGUCUUUUUGUAGCACAUCCGUCAAUAAUAUUGUUAGUGUAGUUUUGCGGUAUUGUACAGGCUGUGGAGUUGGUGUUUUUUAGUUUAGCUUCUUGUGUGUGUGGAAGUAUUGUGUGAGAGAUUAUUCAAAUGCAGCAUGUCAUCACUGUUGUUGUUUUUUUAACUACUAAUAUUGUACAAUGCAAGUGUUUGUAUAUCAAUGUCUUUUUACAUAGUGGUAAUGAGGAUCAUGGUCGCUACUUACGCUGCACUGGUACAUCUAAUUCGAUUGUGACAAAUAACUAGCAUAACAGAUGAUCAACAGGCACUUUUCUCUGUGGAAAACUCCAACCCCAAUGUCUAUUGACCCUGUUGAAAAAUUUGCUUCAUGGAAUAGAAGAAAAAACUAAUUCUGCGUUUAGAUUUUUUUUUUUUUAACAGGAUCAGUGAAAAGCCAGCUCCCAAUGGAGCAUUUUACUGUUGUAAAUCAAAUAUGAAAUAGCCAGUGCUAUGUACUAUGAUAAGGAUGUUCAUAUUGGUUAUUAGUAUAACAAGUACUGAGGUGUCUUAUGUCAAAGGCAAUGCAUUACCAUAAUGGAAAAUCUCUAUAUUGUGGCAACGUUGAGUCAUUACUCCUGAUUUGAGUUUGGAAUACUGUAUCCAUAGAAAAAAGCGAUUCCCUAUGACUGUAUCUCUAUUCGUGAAUGCAAACAGAGUUUUAUCCCAGAAUAUUUUGGAUUACAUUUUGAUACAGAGAAAUAAAACAACAAAAAGAAGCA